UCAAGGAUCAAUGAUGCGGUGCCACGGUGUGACUGAAACGAGUCAGAACAGCUGAUGGACUCGACGACUUUGCUCUGCUGCUGUUUGGAGAUGGUGACCUCUCGCCUGAGCCUUAGAUAUCAAUCACAACUGAAACGCUGAUCAAUCAAUCAAUCCCUUAAACAGAGCAUCGUUACACAGAGCUAUUUGGUGAUUGGACCUCCUGAUGACACAAACCUGAUUACAGGACACGAAAGCUUCUGUUUCCUUCCCCCUCCCCCCGCCCGCGUACCACCGCUUUAUCGAAGAAGCAAUUUGUGUAAAAGAAAAAAACAUCAGUCAGUGUGGUUGCUAUGGAAACUGGGGAGGCGCAGCGCUGGUGGCAGCGAGAAGAGAGAUGAGCUCAGUGUUUCCUGACGACUCCGAGAGAAACAGAUCCGAUCAGCAGGAAGCACCCAGGGUUUGACAGAGGCCUUCAGGAAACAUUUUCCUUCAAUGGCGAUGAAGGGCGGGGAGAAUGUGCGGUGGGCGGAGAGCGACAGCCUGAAAAGGAAGCUAAGGGAUCCUCUGAACCUGCUGCUGCUGAGAAAAACCCGGAGCAGGAGUGAGGGAGAGGAGCCACCGGAGGAGGUGGAAAAUAAAACCACGGCAAGACAUUCAGACGCCGCAGUUGAAAGAGGAGCUGAGCUCAAAGAAGGCAGUGGCAUGGAGGGAGAGGCUCCACCCACAGGAACCUGCAGGGGGCACUGCAGAAACAGGAGGAGGUGCAGGUGGUGGAGGAGGUUCUCCUCAGAGCUCAUUUGCAUCAGAAGGAUAAAGAAAAAAGUCAAGAAACGACCAGGGGAGCAGCAGCAGGAUUCAGAGGUGGAGCCUCAGUUACAGGACAAGAGAGCUAAAAAGAGGGCAUGGCCAAAGUUCAGGAAGUCCAGGAAUUCAUCAUACCAGCAGAGGGAGGAGGUGCAGGGGGAGGCCCAGAAAAGGCUGCACAGGUUCUUCAUUAGAGGAGGAAAUAGGCGCCCACAGGAAGACAUGGUGGCGGUGGGAGUGGCUCAGACAGACACUGUUCAGGCGACUGUCAUAGUGGAGACUAGUGUGGAGGUGGCGCAGGAUCAAUGUGCAACUGGGAGUCCAGGAGAACCAGCAGCAGGAGAAAUGUAUGAGGAGGUGAAGGAAGGUCGACCAGAGACCUUCCAAAAAGUUGGUGAGGUCGAUGACAUCACCGUGGGAAGACCACUCGAGGUUUUCACUGACUCUGCGGACGCUGGGCCAUUUCUCCAUAAGGAGUUUCAGAGCUCGUUCCAGAGCUCCUCCUCCUCCCUUCAGGCACCGGCAAAUGGUCUGUUCAUUCGAAUUGAGCUCUGCCCCCAGGAGAAGGAGGAGGAGGAGGAGUGCUGGGAGGGCAGCUCUUCCUCACAGAACCACCUCCUCCUCCACCUCCUUGAUUUUGGCCACAGCGAGCGGCAGCUGCUUCAGAUGGCUCACACGCUGGUCCGAGCCGCCGUGAAUGCUGCUGUGGAUCAGCUGACCAGAGAACUGCAGAGCACCGCGAACUGUGUCCACCGAGACCACGCUUGAGGAGGCAGAGAUAGGGAAGAGGCGCUGCAGUGAGUGUCUGCGCAGAACUAUAUGUCAUUUGGAGAACAAACUGGAGCUAAAAGAUGACACGAACACGCUGACAAGCCACGAUGGAUCACGUGAAGGAGGAGAUCAACAACUCCAGGAAGGGAUCAACAUCUGAAGGAGGAGAUCAACAGCUGAAUGAUCAUACAGAGUCCGAUGUUUUUCUCUGGAUCAGCUGAUAAAGGUUAACUUUGUGCCUGAGAGUCACAACUUAGGGCUUAUUGAUGUUCUAUCACCAACUUAGGCUCUGCUCAUGAAUUAUUGAUCUGUAUAAAGUCACAUGUUCUGUUUUUCAGUCGUGGUGAUGGUUUAAAUCAAUAGAUCUUCCUCCUCUUAGAGACUUUGCUCCUCUUCUUAAAGCCACAGUUUAGAAAUGAUUGCUACAAGGAAAGGACAAUCACAGAAAAGAGGUGUAAAAAAAGAGGGCAUGGCCAAAGGUCAAGACCAGCUGAUGUAAUGAGCUCAGGUGCAGACAGGUAAGUGUUUGAAUCAGAAAGCAGACUGAGAGAAAGAAAAUGAUAUUUAGAGGUCAGAGCAGCUGGAAGUGACAUCACAAAACCUAAACAGCAGAGACCAAUGAGCUGAACUCUGUACUGAAGGUCAGAUGAUGAACUCUUUGGUUUCUUUCAUGAGGACAUAAACAUAUAACCAUUCUCACCAUGUGAACCCAAGGCUCUCGCUGAUGUUCUGUUUUCUGUGCAUAGAAAAGAUGAAUGGAGCUCCUUAAACUUGCACUCAUGUGCUACCGAUCUGUGAGUCUCUGCUCUCAGCUCCGAGUCAAACAGGAAGUUUAUUUUGGAGAUUUUGGUCCCGUCCGUCAAAUUUGGGGAGAGAUGACAAACAUUAUGGUGUGCAGUGUUUCUCGCCGUCAUCCAUGUUUUAUAUGCAGUCAGAUGUUUUUGUUCUUCGGGUUUGUGUCUCUAAUAAAAAUAACAGAAUGUAUAAAUGAGUUUGAAUGCUUAACUUUAUUGAACACUUCAAAGUACAAAGUACAAUUAGAAGGUAAUUUUCAGAUUUACACGUUAUUUACAUGAUGAAACCUCAGACACGUGUUCUAAUAAAAUAAUAUUAAUGAUCCUUUCUGCCAAUAACCAAUACAUUGACCCUUCAUAGAUCUCUGAUUAGUCUGCCUGACUUCAGUUGCCAGCAGAAAGCAGCUGACUGUUUCCAUGACAACAACCUCUGAUCCCUGAGUAAACAGAACUGCUGAUGAUUUUGAAGGUGAACAUGUGAA